AGACGCCGCAUUGAGUGGGUUUGUCCACUUUCUUUAAUUUUUUCAACCAUCCUUAGCCUCUCGCUGUGUGUGAAAUAAUAUCUGUGCAAUAAAUAUCUAUUGCAAUAAAUAUCUGUGUCGAGUGAAAGAAUUUAGCACGUCUGUAGCUUGAGCAACACUCCAUAUCAGAAAGUGGCGGUAAUGCACACCAGACUGCCAAACGCCAAUAAACUACAAAACAAGAAGAAGAAGCAGCAGCAACAGCAGCAGCAGCAGUGUGACAUAUCAAGUGGGAGGAUCAGAACCGUGGCGCUUGUAAAUAGAGAACCGAGUUCGACUUUGUCGCUUUAUUCGUUUUUCUAGCGAUGUUUGUCACAAGGGUUGCCAAAAUAUGUCGUCCUGGCUUGAAAAAUGUGUCGAGGACAGGACAGAUUUUUCCGUCAGUUGCUGUAAGACUCCAGCACAGUGAUGCCCAGGAGUUUGGCCAUCCCGCCCCUUCCACUCGUCUGGAAACGUCCAUUGCAAAGAACUUGACGGACAUCGGGACUCGGCGGAUUUUCAACGCGGAUCACGACAUCUUUCGGCAGAGUGCGCGGCGUUUCUUCCAAGAGGAGGUGGUCCCGCAUCACGAGGAAUGGGAGAAGGCAGGUCAUGUGAGCAGGGAGGUGUGGGAAAAGGCUGGCGAGCGAGGCUUGCUGGGAGUUAUGGUGCCGGAGGAGUGUGGUGGAAUCGGGGGGGACCUGCUCUCAGCCGCAAUCACGUGGGAGGAGCAGAUGUACUCCAACUGUUCAGGCCCAGGUUUCGCGCUUCACUCCGACAUCGUCAUGCCCUACAUCGUCAAGUAUGGCACCAAGGAGCAGAUCAAACGCUUCUUACCGGAGAUGACUUCUGGGAAAUGCAUCUGUGCCAUCGCCAUGACCGAGCCAGGAGCAGGCAGUGACCUUCAAGGUGUGCGGACGUACGCCAAGCAGGACGGCAGCGAUUGGAUCCUGAAUGGCAACAAGGUGUUCAUCACCAACGGCUGGAUGGCCGACCUGGUGGUGGUGGUGGCCGUGACCAACCGUGAGGCAAAGACGGCAGCGCAUGGCAUCAGCCUCUUCCUGCUGGAGGAUGGCAUGAAAGGCUUCCAGAAAGGCCGCAAGCUGGAGAAGAUCGGCCUUAAGGCGCAGGACACGGCUGAACUUUUCUUUGAGGACGUGCGCCUCCCGGCUGACGCACUCUUAGGCGGAGUCAACAAGGGUUUCUACUACCUGAUGAACGAGCUGCCGCAGGAACGUCUGGUGAUUGCAGACAUGGCCAUCGCUAGCUCCGAGUUCAUGUUUGAGGAAACCAGGAGCUACGUGUUGCAGAGGAAAGCCUUUGGAAAGACAAUCUCUCACCUGCAGACCGUACAGCACAAACUGGCGGAGCUAAAGACGGAAAUCUGCGUGGGCAGAACGUUCAUUGACAGCUGCCUGCAGCUGCACGCCGAGCGACGCCUCGACCCCUCCACUGCUUCCAUGGCCAAGUACUGGGCGUCUGAUCUGCAGAACAAGGUGGCCACGCAGUGCCUGCAGCUCCACGGUGGCUGGGGCUAUAUGUGGGAGUACCCCAUCGCUAAGGCAUUUGUUGACUCCCGUGUUCAACCCAUCUAUGGAGGAACCAAUGAGAUCAUGAAAGAGCUUAUCGCCAGGACCAUUGUCAGCCAGAAGUGAGACAGACGCCCAUCACCGGCUGAAGAUGCCAUUAGAUAAAUUUUUGAUGCAAAAUAAAUAGAAGACUGAUUUAUUCCAGAUGAAAACCUGUUUAAAGCUACAGGUUAGUAGCUACAGACCUGUAGCUACAAGCUACAGGUCAAUUUGUGACACAGUUAGUCACCUGAACACUCUAAACAAGAAUGUCAAAGUAGACUUAAAAAAAAAAUAGUCACCUUUUGACCAUCUGGGGAAAAAGCAAAAAAAAAGUUAAUAAUUCACUAAAUGAAACUUAUUAUUGAGGGAGAAAAAGAAUCCAAAGCUACAUGGCCCUGUGUUAAAAAAUGUGAUUCUCUCCCCCACCGUUAAAACAUAAAUCACGUGAGAUUAAUUGAGAUCUGUCUGGAAAAGGUUAUAAAGCAUUUCUAAAGCUUUGGGACUCCAGCCAACCACAGUGAGAGCCAUUAUCCACAAAUGUUCAAAACAUGGAACAGUGGUGAACCUUCCCAGGAGUGGCCGGCCAACCAAAAUGACCCCAAGAGCGCAGCGAUGGCUCAUCCGAGAGGUCACAAAAGACCCCACAACAACAUCCAAAGAACUACAGGCCUCACUUGCGUCAGUUAAGGUCAGUGUUCAUGACUCCACCAUAAGAAAGACACUGGGCAAAAACGGCCUACAUGGCAGAGUUCCAAGACCAAAACCACUGCUGAACAAAAACAACAUUAAGGCUCGACCCAGUUUUGCCUGAAAACAUCUUGAUGAUCCCCAAGACCUUUGGGAAAAUACUCUGGUCUGACGAGACAAAAGCGGAACUUUUGUAACACAGUAACCCGUGUUAGGGAUCAUCGUGUCUGUUGUGAGAUCAUUCAAACCUGCAAUGAAAGCGUGUUGUUUCGGCGAUCAAGUCUGGUGCUUGUGUGUCUCACCCAAAGUUAAAGACUGAAGGCUUAUUUGAAAAUGUCAUAUUCUAUUGAACUUGCAUCUGAGGGGAUUGUGAAAUUUUACAAGUAAUAAUAAAAAGUUAGCCUUAAAACGGAGAGAGACUCGUACCCAAGGUGCCUCACAUUAAACUUGUAUUCAUUUUGCAGACUUUCCAUGGUACACAUGAAUCUUUUUUUGUUUUUUCUAAAGAAAAUUUGCAUUAGAAAGUAAAUUUGUAUAUUCUGGGACGCACUUUCCUGCGUGAAAUAAUGGAAUCAUCUUUGAUUAACUGUACAGGCAAAACAUGUUAGAAAUAGUGGGCUUCCAAGUGUAAAAAUAUGACCACUGUUAGGAGUAAACCAUAAAAACAAUAAAACACAGCCUUAUCCCGGAUCAUCCCUU